UGCUUAGCAACUGACGUCACAAAACAUCGCAGUAUGUGAUGGUUGGUGAAAAUGUUUCGGCUUCGUUAUUUCACCGUGUUUUGUUUUUAAUGUACUUUUCUUGGUGAAUCAUAUUAUAAGGUUUUCGUUUGACUUGCAGACUUGUGACAAUGUCAGAGAACGAGCGAGAGAAGCAGACAGAUGACAAGAAUGAUGUUUCUGUAGAAGGCAAUGGAAAUCCCACAGAAGCAAAUGGUCCAGAAGGAAAUGCAAGAGAGACCACUGAAGAGGUUGAUGCUACACAAGAACCUAAUAAUGAAAUUAUAGAGGGAAGAAAUGAUCAUAUUGACAAUGAAGAUAAGCCUCCUACACAUGAAGGUGAAACUGAGAAAGAAAUUUCUGCAGAUGAAAAAAAUGAAGAUGCGAAAGAAGAUAACACAAGCAAUGAAACAGAUAAACCCAUAGAUAAAGAAAACCAAAAUGAGGGAACAGAUAAACCAGCAAAUGAAGAAAAUACAAAUGUGGACGCAAAGCUUCCUGGAGAAAUGAGUGAUGGCAUAGAGAAAAGCAAUUCUAUAGAAGGGAAAGGGAAGAAAAAUGAUGGUGACAUUGAAAAACCAACAGAAGUAGAACCAAAAGAAACCAAUGCUGAAAAGGGAAAGUCAGAAAUAGAUGAUAGAAUUGAAGAGUUAAAAGAAGGUGGUGAGGAUAUAAACACCAGUAGAAUAGAUGAACCAGUAAGAGAUGCAGUUGAUGUCGAUGGUGGUGCCAGCACAGCUAUUGAUAGUGCAACAGCAGAUGAAGGGAAAAUACAGGAGGCAAGUGAGGCAGAAAGCAAAGAAAAAGGAGAAGUUGAGACGACAGGCAUGGGCACGGAUGUGACCAAUGAACAGCAUGAGACCGAUCCUCAUGCUGCGUCUCCACAACCUUCAAUGGCCAAUGCUACAUCUACUGUGAAAUUCGUCUUGAUGCCAAGUGGUCAGGUUCACACAAUGGCGUGCGCCCUCAACCAAACCAUGCAGGAUCUUAAAGUGCAUUUUGCUUCAGAGCUACGAAUGACAAGUGAUAAACUAGUUUUCAUGUAUGAUGGGAAAGGUGUUGAUAAUAAUUUGACUCUUGCUGACCUUGGGGUAGGUCCUAACGGUGCAGUUCAGAUGGAAAUAUCCUCCUCCGAUCCAGUGAAUAACCCAUUAAAACAGCUGAAACCCAAGCCAGAAUACAUUAUGCCCGAUGUGAUCACAGUCAAGGUUCUAAGAGAGAAUGGAGAGUUUGAGGAUGUUGUCGUUGAAAUCGAGCGUUCGAUGGCUCGUAAACCAUUCAUUGGUGGAUACCGUCACCGUUUGAGUGGCGUGGAGUUCCACCAUGCGGCUGCGCAGACAAGACCAAAAGCCAGGCCAGACAACGGAAUUGAAAAGUUCUGCCGUGACACGCAAACUGUCAAUGAGAAGAACCAAAGGCAGCAGACGAUGGUUGAUACAUCGACGCAGAUGACAGCAAUCGGUUGCUACGUUGCGAAUAUGACGGAUAAGCUGAUGGUUCCGGGAAAAUAUCAGUCUGCUCACGAAUACCAUACAAUUAUCUUGCAAAAAGUCAUUAUUUUGCAAUCAUACUUCAGAAGGUGGCAAGCAAAGAGAAUUGUCGCGGGUUUGAAAGUUGACCUUGCUAAGCGACUCGAAUGGGAAAGAAUGGAGGAGAUUAGGAAGAUUAAAGAGAAGGAGGAUAGAAUUCGUCGUGAAUUUGAACGAAGAAUGAACCCCAAAACCAAAGAAGAUUUCGACUUGCUAUACCACGCACUAGAAAAAUGGAGACAGGAAGAACUGGCUGCCAUAGACUCUUCGAUGAGUGGUGCUAAACGCAAGGCUGCCCUCUGUCAUCUGCUUGACCAAGAGACCCAGUUGCUCGCGUCUAUAGGACGUCAUAAGCUGGAGGCUGAUACUGACAAUAAACAGCAAGCAAUUCAAAAGUUCUUAGAUACGGCUGCAGGACCAAAGCGUUGGAAAGCAUUUGAUGGUAGAUACACAGAAAUGGACACAGCAUACACGAUCCGUGCCAAGGAACUUCGCAACAUAUACAACAGUCUGAACAUGAGAUAUCUAACACAGGACGAAAGACUUGAUGUACUGCUAACGCUGAAGCACACUGUCAAGGAACAUGAUUGUAAGUUGACACAGGAGAUAAUUGAGUUGAUAGACAGAGAGGCUGACUUGUUGAUGCGAGGUGUAAAGGAGUCUAACCUAGAUGGCCUAAGAAAGCGUAUAUCGACUCUGUUCAUGCAGUACAUCAAGACGCCAACAUUCAACCCAGAAGCAGGUAGACUUCUGAAGGUCCCUCAAGAUCCAUCCACAUUGCGCAAGAACAUCUACUUCUGCCCGAGCUGCAACAGCUACUUACCUUCCACAGAGUUCCUUUUGUCAUCCAACUCUAAAGUUGUCGGCAAGUGCCGUUGCUGUACAAAGAUCGACAACGACGGUAGACUUCGGCAGGAUUUCAGUCAUUACCACUACAUGCUGAAGUCGCUCCGCAAAGCAGAGGAGGCUAUUGGGGAUGGUUCUCGAAUCCCAUUCUUAUUACAGGAAACUGACUUACGAUACUUGGUGGAGAAUAUCUGGAACUGCCAGAGCACACUUAGUGCUUGGAACGACCUGUUUGACCUGGCAAUAGUCAGGUGGGACACCCAUGAACAUUGGUCGCCAUGGAAUUGCAUCCUACUCACUAAAGACGAAGCAAAGGCUCACUUCAAGAUUGAUGAAUUAGAAAAGGGUUAUGGCCAUGUUUUCUGCCACAAGAUCAAGACGAAGCACACCCUUGCUAAGAACUACUUCUCACGUCUUCCCGGCAUGGCUGACCACAUACAAAUGCAAAGUAAAUCGGGUAAUCACAGGAAAACAAUCCAGUCAAGGCAGUUAACAGUUUCGCAGGCAUGAGCCUGUUUUGUCCAUUGCUAACAAGCGACUUGUUGUCCUAUUCUUAACAUUCACUUCUUCAAUAAACAUUGUAUAAGUGUAUCUACUAUGAUUGUAAAGGAUUCAUUGGAACUGUGUUUGAUACAUGAAUAAAAAAUAAAAUACCCCUACAGGAUGGAAUUAAACUCAGUGAUGCUCUCCCAGUGGUGUAUCUAGAAAUUUGAUGAGGGAUGCGAAGGUGAAGUGGGGGAUCAAUGAUUAAGUGAAGGGGUGCUAGCCUGCAACAUAAGGUUUAUAAGGUGAUUUCUAUCACUUUUAACAUGAUUUUUUUUGCUUCAAACAUUUUCAAUGGUGGGGGGGGGGACUCCCCAAGUUCUUUUGUUUUUUUAAGUAGUGUGCCACCUCGCGCAUCCCUUGAUACGCUACGGUGCUCACCUGAUUAAAAUGGGACAAAAUUUUACACUGGACACAUACUAAAUAUUACACAGAUUAAUACAGCUCUCCAGCUGAAGCAGCUGGGAUGGAAUUUAAUGAGGGCCCCAAGCAUCUCUAUAACACAUCACACAAGCUUAUUCAGGCUUUGCAAAACGCUUUGAUAUCCUAUAGGGAAGGGUGCUAAUUGCUUACAAUAUCACUGGGCAGAGUCUAUGAUUAUCAUUGACAUUUAACAUGAAAGUCAUCUUAAAACAUGAAUUUCAAACCGAUCACCGAAAUAUAUAGCUGGGUAGCGACAAAUGUUUCCAUUACUUUAGGUGGGGUACAGUCCUUGAAAAAAUGAUACUGACAAUGAUAUAUUAUGGAUGUCAAUUUAUAGAUUACAUUAGUAAUGAUAUUAAUUUUAGUCAACAUUGUUUAUAAUUGUUAUAAUAGUAUACUAUAUUAAUACACACUUUGUUGUAUUUUAAUUCAUGUAUAUAUUUAAUAAAAAUAUAAACUGUUAUACUGUUCUUGCUUGUACCGCUGAUACUAAUGAAAUUGUAUUGCAAAAUAUUUAGUCCUAGGUUUGUUUACCAAGUUUUAUUAACUUGUUAUGUGAAAAGGGGGUUUUAAAGUGUGGGCCCUUACCGGAGGCCCAUAGGUAGCCCUCAUUUGAACUGACAUGUACUAAUUGUGCACGAGAACAAGGUGCAUUCUUGGGAAUCCAGGUUUUGUGCGUGCAUGCGUUGCUGUUAAAGUUAGUAAUAUUCGGGACCUUUCAACUGCACAACAGUAAGAUCUAGAACAUGGUGACAUCACAUAGCCACCUAUGCAUUCGAAAAUGUAUAAUUCCCACAAGUUCCUUGUUAUAGUUUUUCCUCCCGCUAAUGAACAAAUUUUGUUAAGUUGUUGAGUCGAGUGAGGAUGGUAUUAUCGAGUAGUAGAAUCGAGUAAUCCAAGUAUGGGAUGCCAUUUAACUUGGUAUGGCGCGCACUAAGCGAAAUAAUAAGCGAGUAACCCAUAUCCAGGCUAGCAAAAAUGUUGAAGUUUCAUCAUCUAAAUUGUAGGAUGCAGUUUAUCAGAGAAAGCAGGAUUGUUACGGAUGAGUGAAUCCGUUCCUAGUUCACGUCGUUGUGCAAAUCAAAGCUCCCCAGUAAAGUUAGUCAAGUUAUAUUGUACAUAAAACGUCAACAAAUCUUUUUUUUGUAAUAGCAAAUUAAAGCUUUAUUUCUGACAAUACAAAAA